AUGCCUCUGCUGCUCCUUGGAGAGACAGAGCCUCUUAAGUUGGAGUGGGAGUGCUGGAGCCCCGCCAGCCCCGACCUGGCACUUGCUCGCCCGUGUCACUGUCAGGAUUUGUCUAGCGGCGCAUUCCCUAACAGGGGUGUGUUGGGGGGAGUCCUCUUUCCAACUGUCGAAAUGGUUAUCAAAGUGUUUGUUGCUACAUCUUCUGGGUCCAUAGCGAUUAGGAAGAAACAGCAAGAAGUCGUGGGUUUUCUGGAAGCGAAUAAAAUCGACUUUAAGGAAUUAGAUAUUGCUGGAGAUGAAGACAAUAGGAGGUGGAUGAGAGAGAAUGUUCCUGGAGAGAAAAAACCUCAAAAUGGGAUUCCUUUGCCUCCCCAGAUCUUCAAUGAGGAGCAGUACUGUGGGGAUUUUGACUCUUUCUUCUCUGCAAAAGAAGAGAAUAUUAUUUAUUCCUUCCUUGGUUUGGCUCCUCCUCCAGACUCAAAGGGAUCAGAGAAGGCUGAAGAAGGUGGAGAAACUGAGGCACAAAAAGAGGGCAGUGAAGAUGCGGGCAACCUCCCUGAAGCCCAGGAGAAGAAUGAAGAAGAAGGAGAGACAGCCACAGAAGAGAGUCUCACUCUGUUGCCCAGGCUGGAGUUGGUGUGAUCUCAGCUCACUGCAACCUCCGCCUCCUGGGUUCAAGCGAUUCUCCUGUCUCAGCCUUCUGAGUAGCUGGAAUUACAGGCACGUGUCACCACACCUGGCUAAUUUUUGUAUUUUUAGUAGAGAUGGAGUUUCACCAUGUUGGCCAGGCUAGUCUCAAACUCUUGACCCCAAGUGAUCCACCCACCUCGGCCUCCCAAAGUGCUGGGAUUACAGGCGUGAGCCACUUCAAUGGGCCUGGAUUAAUCACUUUAAAAUGCUAGAGAACUAACUUAAAAUUGUGACCACAAGGGUAGGGAGAAUAAUUUACUAAGUUACAUGUAUUGUUUAGAUGUUUCAGCACAAGGUCAUCAACAUUAAAGAGGGUCCCGAAUGUCAAAAGAAAUCCCCUCUAAGAAACUUUUGUUAACUUUUGAAAUGACAAAAUUCAUGAUCAUUAUAGAAAAUUAAAAAAAUGCAGAUAGAAGAGGAAAAUGAACAUAGCUUUUAACCGUCGUUACCCAGAGAUAACCAUUGUAGCCACACACACACACACACACACACACACACACACACACACACACAAUCAAUUUUUGAUGAAUACUCUUGUCUCCUUUUUUUUCAUGGAAUGUGUUUAUAUUUGGGGAGGUAGUAAGUAUAGAUCUGCUUCAUUAUUUUAAAUGCUAAUAUAUCAAACCAACCCCUCCUCUUAGACCUAAAGAUGAUUUCUAGUAUAUUCUACACCAUGAUUUCUCAAUAUUUAUAUCUUUCCAAUAAUUAUUUCUUUUGUUUCUCUCUUGC